AUAGGUUCUUGACGCCUCAGUCUUCCGUUCUCAAUAGGAUAAAGGGCUAUUACUGGCACGCUAGUCAUGAAGAGUUUUCUUCCAAACAAGAUGAUCGGGUUUCGCACCGCGCUGCUUAUGGCCGCUACUUUAAUAACGACGUCAACCACGGCAACCACUGAAGAUUUACUGGUGAUAAGCGCCCGCCUGGAAGCCAACGAAUUUCUUGACAAUCUUCUUGAAAUUCGAUUACCGAAACUGCUGCCUGAUCGAGCUGAACGAUUGCGGGAUUUCGCAUGUUAUAUAGAAAAGAAGCUCUUUGUAGGCAUUCUGCCUACCCAUCGGGACCUGACAGCCAACUUCACAGAAGGCACCGUUAGCGGACUUCAAAAAGUCAAGCGAGAGGGUGACUGCAAACCUACGUUCUCCGAUGGGAAUUACGUUGUGAUAUCCUGCAAGCUUAAUAUUGGCUCACUGAAGGCUACCUAUGCUUCAUCAGUUAAGGGCUUCAAUCUGCGUGGUGAUAUAGCACAUCCAGUCAUUACAGCGGAUUUCGCGGACUCUUCGCUAAUAUUCGAGGCCAAAGAGAUUAAAUCGGCUGGAAGUCGGCCUCAUAUGAAUGCACUCGUGGUCGAUAGCUUAAGAUGCGCGAUCCAUUACGAGUCUUUGGGGCUUAACGAAGAGCGGGACCAACUUUUCCGGGACUGCAUCACACGCGGUAUCUUGCCUCAGAUACUUGAUCUAAUCAAUAUCCGUUUGUAUCGUGCAUUGUAUGACGCCCUGCGUCAACAGGACGUUAGUAUUCCCGACGUUCGCAUCAAUGAAACCACUGAAUAAGCCGUAACUAAUUGAUUAAUAAAUAAGCCG